UCUGCCUUUUCAACAGAGAAUAAAGAAGAGAGACGUCAAAUAAAUAGUUAGAAAUGAAAGAGAAGAAACAGUGUCUUCCAGCGCACAGAACUAGUGUGACUGGGUUUUAAAACAGACUAUUGGAAACUAAAUGCUGCUGUAGCUCUUCAAUAAGAUGAUCAUCAUAGAUGUGAACUAUUGUUAUUUCUCUGUCUUCAGUCUGAGUGUAUGCAGUAUUACAGAGAAACAGAGUCUCAUCCUGACUUCAGCUCUGAAAUCAAACCCGUCACACCUGAGAGAGCUGGACCUGAGCGAGAAUAAUCUAGGAAACACAGGAGUGAAGCACUUAUGUGCCGUACUGAAGGAUUCACACUGUAAACUGGAGAGAUUGAGUCUGUAUAGAUGCAGUAUUACAGAGAAACAGAGUCUCAUCCUGACUUCAGCUCUGAAAUCAAACCCGUCACACCUGAGAGAGCUGGACCUGAGCUGGAAUAAACUAGGAAACACAGGAGUGAAAAACCUCAGUGAUCUACUGAUGAACCCACAAUUCAAGCUGGAGAAACUA